AUGAGGGGGCGGCGCCUCCAGAGAGGACUCAAAGAGCAGGAACCACCAAAACUAUCAGGCAUAGAAAGCAACAACACGCUCAGCACCACCCGGCUCAGACAAAUCCACCCCGCAGAUCCUGGAAACCGACCCGCGGGACAUAAAGGUACGGUUGAAGGCCGCCGACCGAACACCCCACCGCCCGCCUCCGGCCAGUUUCUGGCGCCCCAGGUCAGUUCACGGGACAAGGCCAUCCCCGCCCCCUCGCCGGUGCUGCGGGCUCAAAUACCACACUACCGCCCCAACACACCCAGUGCCCGCCGUGGUGUGGUGAGGGGGGGGGUGGGGGGGGAAUCUGGACCUCAGCCCCGCGUCACCGCCCCCCCUGCCCCCGGCUCCCGGACCCGCAGCCCGCACACCAUAGUGGACCCACUCGUUUGGCGCCAUCGCGUCUGCUCCGUCUUCCGUACCCACCCUUGUUCUACCCCUACACCCCCACCAUCCCCUGUGGCCGCCUCGCGCCACCCACCUCGGUCCGGAGCGGCUCCCCGCGAACGGGCACGAAGUUAUGCGGUGCACGCGCUCCUCCCCCGUCACUCGCGGUCCCGUACCCCACGCGCUACUCCGCUCACGCGUAUUUAUACAUUUUCCCCCUCGCCCUCCAUUCAACACCUCACCGCCCCGGUUGCUACCUCUGCCCGCUCUUGUGGGCGGGUACUCUCCCGGCCGCCCGCGAGGGGGAACCCCCUUCACUUGGAGGGCCCCCCUACCACCCCCCCGUACUUCGCUUCCAUCUGGGCCCGUGAGCUCGGGGCAAGUCCUGCCCCACCCCCCCACGGCUACGUGGCCUCCUCCACGUCACCCCCCCUUUCUUAUCUGCCAUGGCCUGUUCUCGCUGGCGUGCGCUUCACCCUACGACCUCCUCGUUCCCUUCCACGAGCUUCCCAUUGUCCGGCCCCCCCCCCCCCCGCAUUCGCGAUCCUAGCUGCUUUAUCCCCCGCUAUUCCGCACUCCCCGUGUACCAGCUGCCUGUCGUCCUCGACAUACCACCCGCCAUUCGGCCCGCCACACACGUUUUACAUCCCCUCCCCCGCCGGUUACCCCCCGCCACCCCGACUGUUCUCCCCGGGGGCUGCGAAGCGUCGCCGACCCCGGGCCCGUCCCCUGGCCCGCCCCAACCCACCCCGCCAGCCACCCCGCCUCCUUGGGUGCGCCUGCGUUCCCCCCCAUCCCCACCAUCUCCUGUUAACUCUCUCUGUCAACAAGCAGUCCGCCCCCGGCCCCCCAGCCCACACAGGCACACCCCCCGCCGGGACCCGCCUGACCGUGAUCGCCCUACCCCCACCUUGGCCGGCCCGCCCGGGUUGCGCUGCUGGGGCCCUUCGUGCGCCCCCUCCGUCCCUCGUUACCCUCACACCCGCCACUCCAUGGCAGCAGGCCUCUACCCCCCGACCCACAAUGCCCGGACUCCACCGCCGCCGCCUUGAGCGCGGGCCCCGCUGGACCCCUGCGCUCCGCAGUCCUCUACUGCCCUCUGCCGCCUCGUCACGGACCGCUUUUCGGCCACCCACGUCCGCCGUCCGCUACACUCCUCCCGUUCCGGUUUCGCCUCCGCGCACGCCCCUCCAGCGACACCCCCUUCCACCCGCCACCGGCACCCCCCCUCGGCCCCGGACUGCGUCCCGGCAUUGGUUGGUGUUACCGGCUAUCCUGGGCUCUGUCACCCCGUCCCCUUCCUCUCCGACCUUCGGCUUACCCCCACUUCCUAUCCCGCAAUGCCACGCGAGGCGCGCUCCUUCGCGUUGUACCCCCCCUCCCGCCCUAUCGCUCAUCGCCUCCCGGCUGUCGUUCCCGGGGUAUCCCAGGCGCCCGCAUCUCCGCCCCGGCUCCGACCCGCCCGCACGCCGACACCCCGUCGCCCACACCCCCGAGGCCGGGGCCCGAGCGGCCCGCCGUAACCGCACCUCGGGGCCCCCCUCCGGGGCCCCCCCUACCUCCCGUGAGCCCGCCCGGCGCCUCGACCCCCCGGCCACCCCCCCCCCCCCCUCACGCGUGCCCCUACCCGCCCUCGCGCGUCCUCACCGUCCCGACGCCCGCCCGCCACGUCCGCCCGGCUCAACGGCCCCUCCUCCCGCUGCCGUCUACCGCGGCCCCCGGCCCGACGUGCAGCAGCCUUCCACCUACCUUCACACGCUGACCCCCCCCCCCACCGCCCACUGCGCCCCCUGGGCCCCCCUCGCCUUCCCCCUGGGUGCCGUCUGUACGGCCCAACAUCGGGACCCGAUCGCCACCUUACCCCGAUUCCGCCCUCCCUCGCCCGCUCUGGUGUUCCCCACCCCGUGUCGCCGCCCCGGGGAACCUCUGGCGCGCGCGGGGGCCGCCUCGACACCCCACCGCCCUUCCGCCCCUCCAUGCUGUUGCCCCGCAUACGCCGGUCGUACAGGACGCACCCCCCCUCGGCCACACGCCCGGACCCGGUCUCAUCCCCGCCGCGAGGCUCCAGCGUUACGUACACCCCUGUGGGGCGGCCACCCCUCCCUCCUUCACCGCUUCCCACCGGAGACCCCCCCUCCCACGAGGACCACCCCCUACACUGACUCCUCUACGCCCGCGCCGCCUCGCCAACCUACGCCUCGCCACUAUCUUCCCCUUGCACACGGGCGGCCCACCAUACACCCGGCCCGUCCUCUAGACCCGCCCUAUCGUGCGCACUGUACCCCCAGUCCAUUGUCGCCUCGCCCCCCGCGGGCCUCCCUGGGGCACCCCCCCACCCCCCGGCUCGCUGCCGUCCGAACUCCCCGACCUGCUCCCGCUCGGUCGGCAGCUGGGGUCCCCGACGACUCCACAAGCCCGCCGGCCUCGACCCCCCACCCCCCCCGCAGAAACUGA